CUGCCAUCUGGCGCCGGAACCCUCACUAACAAACAACCUGAUUAAUCACUUUUACACCGUGUUUUCUAUCCAUUUGACGCAAACCAUGAGUACAUAUGCCCCGCGGAACGUUCACGGAAAAUCAAAGUGUGGCUACAGUGGGCGUAGAAGGCGGUAGAGAGGAUAGGAAGAGAGGAAUAUGGAAUAAAAAAGGCCAGUGUUGGGUGGAUCUGGGACCGCGCCACACUCCCUUGUUCAUAGCGGCACACACUCGAGUAACGCGGCUUGGGGGUACGCUCUGCCGCUUCCCUCACACUUUUCUCGCCCAAAUUUAAGGGUUUAGUGCCGAAAAUGUGCCUAAAAUGUCGCCCAGGACCUGGAUCAAAGUGUAGUGUGUGAUGUGAAUGUGAAAUAACGACGGAAAAGUGAAAAAUUAGUGGUGAAUUGGAGGUGAUUGUUGUAACUGGCUGUGGUGAGAUCGGUUAGUCGCGCCUGCAGACUGUGGCGCACUUUUUGUAAUACAACUGGAAAUUCUUGUAUCAGCCAUGGUGUACAGUACUUGUCGAGUCUAAAGUGUUAGCUAGGUGCAGUACCAGGCCGGAGGCUUGUGUUGGUGGUGGUGAUAGUGCCGUAGGAGUGUUGGUGAAGGCGCAGUGUUGGCGAGAAUUGGGGUGUUGGUGGCGGCGAGGCUCGCUCACUCUCGCCGGGCAGAGGUCUCCUUGGUCGAUACCGGCCGCCGCUGUGUUCCCUCACAACACACCCACUUAUUUUAUCCACCACGCCGCCCGUACGCCCUCUCCUGCACGCCCACGACCACCACGCACCUUCCAUCUAGCAGCCACGCCCGCCACCGCACGGAUCUGGAGUCUCCCAGAAGCUACACACAGGAGGCGGUGGGGACGGGCCAUGAGGGUAGUGGACGGUUGCCAACCCCUCCUCAGCAGCAGCAGCAGCAGCAGCAGCAGCAGCAGCAGCAGCAGCAGCAGCAGCAGCAGCAGCAGCAGCAGCAGCAGCAGCAGCAGCAGCAGCAGCAGCAGCAGCAGCCGCAGCCGCAGCCGCAGCCUCGCUCGCCGCACCAGCAGCAGCAAAACCAACAGCAGCUGCAGCUGGCGGGGAUGAGGGUGUCGCCCGCACCACCGCUGACUGCAGGAGCCAACCCACCACACCCUCCACACUCUCCGCACAUGUCUCCCGCUGUAGAUAUCCGGGGUCGCCUCUUCCACCCUCAACAACUCGCUUUACUUCACCACUACCACAAUCUCCGCCAUCAUCACCCCAGCACCGCCCCCUCCACUACCACCACCACCACUACCACCACCACCACCACCCCGGGGGGGUCGUCUGCCACUCCACCUCCACCCGAUGUUUCUGCUACCUCCUCCAUGAUUACCGCAGGUGGUCCGGGGAGCGUUGUGAUGCCCCCCCACCCUGGCAGUGGACAGAGUGAGAGUCGCAACAGCAACAUGCAUGCACCAGGAUACCCCCCUGCUGCUCCACCGCACAUGUCUACAGGUCCCCCUCCUGGUCCUCACGGUUAUUCAUCUAAGAUGGGCCACAUGCCCCCUGGUGGUCCCCCUGGACCCUCCUAUGGGCAGGCAGGGUACCAAGGGGGUCACCAAUACCCCCCAGUCAGACCACAGGGCCCAAUGAUGCAGCCAUACCCACAAAAUUUUCCUCCAGGAGCUCCACAAGGUUCUCAAGGCCCUCCUUCAUCAAUGCCACCUGGCCACCAGUACUCUCCACGGCCCCCGCACAAUAACCAUGUUCCCCCCAGCCAGCCAUACGGGUAUCCUCCAUUUGGGACGCAGGGUUGGGGAGGACAAGGCAUUAAUCAGGGUCCUCCAGGACCAAGUAUGCCUAGCUCUAUGAUGCCUGGGGCCCCUGGUAUGCCAGGAAAAGGUGGUCCUGUCCAGAUGUCAAGCCAGGUUGGUCAGCCAGGGGCUAGUAGUGUGGGUGGUCCCAGGCCCCAUACUCCCCCACAUACCUCUCACUAUAUAAAGCAGCACAUCCAAAAAAUGGGUGCAUAUAUGGGACCUCAGAUGUACCCAAAUGGGCCUGGUAUGCCAGGGAUGCCAGGGAUGCCUAACAGCAGUCGUGAGAGUCCUCAAAACAACAUGCCACCACCCACGUCCACUCCACAACCACAAACACCAUCCAGUGCCCCAUUGGAUACUGGAGAUCAUACUGGAAGCAAUACCACUGUCAAUAACAGUAACCCACCCUCUAUAGGACCUGAUGGUAAUCCAGUAGUAGAUGAAGCAUCACAACAGUCUACGGUUUCCAACAAUUCUGCUGCAUCUGGGGAAGACCGAUCAGGCACACCAAAACCUCACAAAGAUGGCCCCAUGGGUGGAUCUGGCAUGCCGGGUGGAAUGCCGGGCGGACAGCAUCCACCUUCUCAUCCUCCCACUCCCAUCAACUCUGCCCCAUCACCUGGUGCUGCAUCCAUGAACUCACAGCCGGAUGAUUUUGAGACCGUGAAUUCUCCUGGUUGGCCGAGAAGCCCCAGCACUCAGACGGUAGGAUGAGCCCUUGGGGUAUUA